UUACUGUUGAAAAAGGGGAAACAAAAUGGCCUGGUCGCAAAAGCAAUUCAUAUUCGCCCUCACCAUGGUGGUGACGGGCUCCAUCAACACGCUUAGCACAAAAUGGGCUGAUAAUAUUGAAUCCGAAGGCUCGGAUGGACAGGUGCGACGGUUCGAGCAUCCCUUCGUACAGGCGUGUGCAAUGUUCCUCGGCGAGUUUCUUUGUUUACUUGCAUUCAAAGCCGUAUACUAUCAUCUGCGUCGCAAGAACAACGGUGCUGAAGAUCGGCAUGAUCUCGUACAGGGCAAUCGACAAUUCAGUCCCUUCAUCCUAUUUGUACCGGCUAUGUGCGAUAUGCUGGCGACCUCCAUUAUGUACGUCGGACUGAAUCUCACCUACCCCUCUAGUUUUCAAUUGCUGCGAGGAUCGGUCAUCAUCUUUGUCGCUAUACUGAGCGUAGCGUUCUUGAACCGGACGCUAGUGAAGCGCGAAUGGUUCGGUAUUGCUUUUAUCAUGCUUGGCCUGGUGGUGGUCGGCUUGUCCGAUGUGGUAUCGAACGAUAAUACGGGCUCACAGUACACCCGGAACAAUGUCAUCACGGGCGAUCUGCUCAUUAUACUGGCCCAAAUUAUAACCGCUGUGCAGAUGGUGUACGAGGAGUACUACGUGACCGCGUUAAACAUUCCGGCACUGCAAGCAGUAGGAUGGGAAGGAUUCUUCGGCUUUUCCGUGCUCGGUUCGCUCCUGCUGCCCAUGUACUUUAUCCACGUGAUGUACCCGUUCAACGGCAAUGCACACGGCGUGCUGGAGGAUUUGCCCGAUGCGCUCGCCCAGCUGGCUAACAACUAUCAGCUAAUAAUCGCCAUCUGUGGUAUGAUCGUAUCGAUUGCGUUCUUCAACUUUGCGGGAAUCAGUGUGACGAAGGAAAUAUCCGCUACCACGCGGAUGGUGCUCGAUUCCGUUCGGACGCUUGUCGUGUGGAUGGUGUCGCUGCUGUUGGUUUGGCAAAAGUUCCAUUACCUUCAGCUGAUUGGGUUCGCCGGUCUCCUGUUCGGCAUGUGCCUGUACAAUGAUAUUUUCGUGCUGCAAACGUAUCGGCGUGUCCGGGUGGCACUGUUGCUGCGCAUUGGGCGUCAGUCGGGCGAUGGGAUGAGUGAGGUUAUUAUCAAUCGGCAAGCAGAUGAGCCGGAUCGUUAGACUGAA